AUGCUGCCCGAACAGCCAGGGAGGUGGGGUCAGGAGGUGGCAGUCAUACAUGCUCACGCUGGCCUCACACCCACAGCCUACAAGGAGAAGAUGAAGGAGCUGUCAGUGCUGUCGCUCAUCUGCUCCUGCUUCUACUCACAGCCGCACCCCAACACCAUCUACCAGUAUGGGGACAUGGAGGUGAAGCAGCUGGACAAGAGGGCCUCUGGCCAGAGCUUCGAGGUCAUCCUCAAGUCCCCUUCUGACCUAUCCCCGGAAAGCCCUGUGCUCUCCUCUCCCCCCAAGAGGAAGGACACCUCUCUGGAGGAGCUGCAGAAGCGGCUGGAGGCAGCUGAGGAGCGGAGAAAGACGCAGGAGGCGCAGGUGCUGAAGCAGCUGGCGGAGCGGCGCGAGCACGAGCGCGAGGUGCUGCACAAGGCGCUGGAGGAGAACAACAACUUCAGCCGCCUGGCGGAGGAGAAGCUCAAUUACAAGAUGGAACUCAGCAAGGAGAUCCGCGAGGCACACCUGGCGGCGCUGCGCGAGCGGCUGCGGGAGAAGGAGCUGCACGCCGCCGAGGUGCGCAGGAACAAGGAGCAGCGAGAGGAGAUGUCCGGCUAAGGGCUUUGGACACAAGCACCUGGAUCCUGAGAUGAGACAAGAAGACAUUCGGGUUUUGGUUUUGUUUUGUUCAACUUUGUCUAGACGCGACUUUUGUUCCUGCUCCCUCCCUUUCCCCCUGCACUCCAGUUCAUGCUUCUCUUUCCGCACUCUGAGUUGUCCAGUCCUUGUGCCCAUUCGGUGACCACAGACUCUCUCUGGAGGAGCCAGCAGGGCAUGGCACAUGGUCCCUCAGUUCAGCACCAGAUCAGGCAGUGGCGGAGUCCCCUCUUGGCAGCCCUGUUAGCGAAUGUGGUGAUG